AUGGAUAGUAAAUCAUCAAUUGUUUUAGAGAUAGGUGGUAGAUAUACAAAAUGUGGAUAUUCACCAGAAAGCUCACCAAGAUUUAUUAUUCCAACCAAUCUAUUACCAUUAAAUAUUUCAAGCUAUUUAUCAGGUGGUGCAUCAUUUGAUAAUUUUAAAAAAGAAAUUACAUCAGAUAAUGAAACAAUAACUACAACAAAUCAAAUACCUACAAAAUUACCAACACAAUCUCAAUUAAAAGAAUCUUUAUUUAUAUUUUUUAAAACUAUAUUUUUAAAUUAUUUAUUAUGUAAAUCAGACGAAAGAAAAAUAAUUAUAGUUGAAAAUAUAUUUUUACCAAGAUUAUUUAGAGAGAGUAUGGUAUCAGUUUUAUUUGAACAAUAUAGAGUACCAUUAAUUGUAUUUAUAAAUCCAACAGCAAGUUUAAUACCAACAUUAAGAACUACGGCAUUAUUAAUUGAUAGUGGUUUCUCAGAGACAAGAGUAUUACCAAUCUAUGAAGGUGUUGGCAUUCUAAAAGCAUAUAAAUCAAUAUCAUUAGGAUCAGAAUCAUUAAUCAAUCAAUUGAAACAAUACUUACAAUCAAAUAUUACCAAUGGUAUAAUCAUAGAUAAUCAAAAUAAUCAAUCAAUCACUGAUUCAAUGAUUUGUAAUCAACUUUUAAAUGAUAAAAUCUUAAAUUCAAUUCAACUAUUAGAAGAUAUAAUUACAAGAUGUUGUUUUUGUAGUUUUAAAAAUAAAAAUAAUAACAAUAUUGAAAUUAAUAAUAUAAAUUAUAGAAUUUCAAAAGAAUAUUCAAUAUUAAUUGAUGGUAAUAAUAUUAGAAAAGGUUUAGUUGAUGUUUUAUAUAAAGAUGUAAAUAAUAAUGAUAAUAAUAAUAAUAAUAAAGAGGAUGAUGAUGAAAAUUUAGAAGAAGGUAAUAUUGCAACAACAAUUUUAAAUACAUUAUUAAAAUGUGAACAUGAUCAAAGGAAACCAUUAUCACAUAAUAUUUUAUUAUUAGGUGGUACAACUAUGUUGGCUGGUUUUAAAAAGAGAUUAGUUUUAGAAUUACAUAGACAAUUAAAAAUGAAUGAGAAUUCAAUCUAUAGAAAUGAAUUAUUUGGUUUAAUUGGUCAUUUUCAGUUUAUAAAUCAUCCAUUUGAAAAUAAUUAUCUCUCUUGGUUAGGUGGUUCAAUACUUGCCAAUGCUUUAGAACAUGUUCAUAGUAAAAUCACUUUAGAAUCCUAUUUAAAUGCUCCUUCACAAUUCAAACGUUCACAAUUAAUACCAGAAUGGGAAAAACUUACAAAUAUAAAUAACUAUACUCAAAUCGCUCAAGCUACUAUGGGUACCACAAUUAAUCCAUUACAAUUUAAUUCAACUUCUUCUUUAUUCUCUCCUUUCACUUCUUCUUCUGAUUUAUCUUCUCAUUUAAAUAAAGAUUAA